AUGUCGGCGGCGACCUCCAGUUAUGUUGUCCUCGGCGUGGACGGCGAUCCCGUGGGUGUCUAUCCUGAUAGGCCCGAUGACCUCACCGUGGGAGUUCACGCAGGUGUCUUUCCCCUCAUCGUGGCGACUACCAGCGUCGAGGAUGCAGAAUCAAUCAACGCCAUCAACGCGGACCUCGCCGCGGAGGACCACACCACCGACACCGACACCAUUGCCGCGAUCUGCCUCUCAAGCCCAGACACUGCGGCCGCCAGCCCACAGACGACGAAGGUCUACUGUAUCAAGGUUGGCCUGCAGGUGGGCAUAUGGGUCGGGUACAGAUGUUCGCCCUCGCCUGUCUCUCUCAAUGCGAUCAUCACGUCUCUCAGCAUCUCAGAAAGCGAAGCGAAUGGGGGACAGGAUUUGCCCCGGCCGGCCCCAUAUCAGUCCCACCGCCGGCCCAAUCCCGCGUCCACGUCACCGCGCGGCAUCGACCCGGAUGCCCCGAACGUAUUCCAGACCCGCCCCGUCGUCGAGGUCCCUCUUCCUUGGGACAUCCGCUUGGAGGUCUCCAGCUCGCCCACGCCCCCCACGCGUUAUACGCCCGAGCCCAUCUCCCCCCGCACCGCUGAGCGAUACACUGGGGGGCUCGGCGCGAUCCCGUAUCACCUCCCGCCGGAUGAACUGGCGCUGCGGCUGAUCUUCCGCCCACACUACGCGCAGCUGCCGACCAGCACGCACAUGAUCACCCUCGGCCCCCGCGCGGACAGGAUGCUCGACGAGCGCGGGACGUCUCUAGAGCACCGCGUUGUUAUUCUGGUGGUGUUCAUCUACAACGUUCGCCAGCAGGAAUUCGCGGACGUCCUCUCGCAUGUCCUGCCGUGGACGCGCGCUGAUGCUCUGGUCAAGAGCGCGCUGGGAAUGCUCCGGCUGCGUAACGAGACGCGCACCGUCAAGGAACGCCACCAGCCAGUGGGUCGCACACGCAUUCGCCGCAAGUACACGCCCCAAGAAAAGAAGCAGCGCCAGGAAGAGAAGAAGAAGAAGAAGACCACGAUAGAUACCGAGCUCAAGACGCGGCACGAGGAGAACCUCGUGUGGGCGCAGUCAAUGCAUGAGCAAUUCCCAGAACACACCCCGGAGUACUACAGCCAGAUGCUCCAUCACGCGGUGGGGAAGCUUCAGAAGCACAAGCGCGCCAUCGGUCAAUGGAACGCGUGGGUUAGUCUUGGUAUGGAGCAACGUAACCAAUACGUCGCGUCGGGAGCGAAGGACAACCUAUCCACCAGCGACGUAAUGGCCAAGAUCUCUGCGGAAUGGAAGGCGAUGACCCCCGCUGAGCGCACCGCUGCCACCGCUGAGAGAGUCAAGGAGUUGGAAGAACGGCGCGACAAUCGUGAGACAGGUACGUACAAUGCGCAUCUGGACGCGUUCCGUGAUGUCAGCGCGACGUGGGAUGCACUUAUCACCGAGCUGCAAAACCUCAAAGAGAGGACCGGGUCUGAGGGCUUCAUCGUCCUCUUCCGCACGCACCAUGACGCGUACAACCCUCCCAUGUAUUACCCCACCAGCAACCGGGUGACGGACUACCUCGACCUAUGCCUUGGGAACGGCAUGCAUGUCGGCGACCUGGGGGUUCGCAUGGAAGCAUUUUUUAUCUCGGGCAUUGAAAGCGUGGCAACCAAUGCACAGGCCGGCGCCGCUGAAGUCAAGCGGCAGCUCAUCGAGGAAAUUUCCUCGCAGCUCAAAACGGUUUCUAAUGGGGCCCUGGCGCGUAUGGUGUACGCAGAUUUCGCAGGGUCCGUCACCUACCGCUACGGCAUCAUCCUGGAGAAUUGGCCAGGCGAACUGUGCGCACCCAGCAAGAUGGGUCAUCUCGAAGCACUGACAGUGCUCAACGCGUGGAGAAACAAGGCAACGCGCUUCAGGCAAAUGAACACGGAGGAGUGGGACGCCUGGAAGUGCGAGAAGUAUGGACCUCCCGUGAGCAUAUCCGCUGAGCCCGCACCCGCUAUCCCCACGCUCUCCUCUGCCCUCCCUACGAAUGCCACCGCCCCACCUCUGGAUUCCACCACAGCGGCGGCGACGGCGAGUCCGACCGCAUCCGCGUCCACGGCCCUCACUCCUCCUCCGCCCACUGCCGCGCUCACCACCGCCGCCUCUGCCGAUUCCCCUGUGGUCCCGCCCACCAUGACAUUUGUUCACACCGACUUCGCUACAGACGGCGGCGUGGUCCGCGGUCCUAAGGUCAGGAAGCAACGUUCGGACAAGGACAAGCCGCGUAAGAAGCCGCAGCCCGUCUCCACCGUCAAUCAAGACACUGCUGCCGUUGCGGCAAGCGCGCUGUCAGGCAACAGCAGCGAGAAGACGGCCAGCAAGAAGACGAAGAAGUCUACUGGGUCCAAGAAGAAGAAAGGGACGGCUGCUGAGGCCACCGGUCCUUCGCACUCGUCCUCGACGGCCUCGUCUGCACCCCUUGGUCCUUUCCCGCCUGCGCCGCCCGCUCCGCCCUUACUAUCCUUGACGGCCUCGUCUGUGCCUCCCGGUCCUUCCCCAUCUGCGCCGCCCUUGUCCACGCCCUCCGGCCUCGCGCAGGGCGUGUCCCCAUUCCUCGGCCUCGCGCACGGUGCGAUCCCACUCCCCGUCCUCCCGCAGGGCGCACCCCCGCUCCCCGGUCUCGCGUGCGGCGCGGUCCCUCUCCCCGGCGUCGUGCACACGCACAGCGCACCCCCGUUCCCCGGUCUCGCGCACAGCGCGCUCCCGCUCCCGUCUCACGCGCGCGCGGUCCCGCUCCCCGGUCUCGCGCACGGCGCGGUCCCGCUCUCCAGCCUCGAGCACGGCACGCUCGCACUCCCCGUCCUCCCGCUUCAAGGUGCACCCCCGCUCCCCGGCCUCCCACACAGCGCGCCCCCACUCCCCAACAUCGUGCAGGGUGUGGUCACGUUCCUCCACAACAACGCCCCUGCCCCUUUCGGUCUUCGCAUCGGAUGGGUCAUCGCACACCCCGAUCUCCACGACCAAGUGCACGUGCGCACCGAACACAUCCCGGGGGCCACCUACGCCAUCGAAACCUACCGGAUCUUUGUCGACGCCUACCAAACCCACCUAGAAGCUAACACGUUCGUACACAUCAGGAAAAAACCAUUUGCACGGGAGCGCCGGCCCGAACUCGCGGAGACUUGCGUGCCCCGAGCGACGCGCGGGAGAUCUCCGGAGCACUCUGGAGCAACCGCCGAUGGCCUCGAGGACACCUGA